CAUCGAGGGCGAGGCCCCCAGCAGUGAGACCGGCACGUCCCUGGACAGUCCGUCGGCCUACCACCAGGGCCCACUAGUGCCCGGGGCCAGCCUCAGCCCGGAGCAGUGCGAGCUGACGCCCGGCGCCUAUGGGCUGCACGCGGGGCCGCAGCGCCCACGGAGACCCCGGCUGCAGCACUCCACGUCCAUCCUGCGCAAGCAGGCCGAGGAGGACGCCAUCAAGCGCUCACGGUCCCUCUCCGAGAGCUAUGAGCUGUCCUCAGACCUGCAGGACAAGCAGGUGGAGAUGCUGGAGCGCAAGUAUGGGGGGCGCCUGGUGACCCGCCAUGCGGCGCGCACCAUCCAGACGGCCUUCCGCCAGUACCAGAUGAACAAGAACUUCGAGCGCCUGCGCAGCUCCAUGUCCGAGAGCCGCAUGUCGCGCCGCAUCGUGCUGUCCAACAUGAGGAUGCAGUUCUCCUUCGAGGGUCCCGAGAAGCUGCACAGCUCCUACUUCGAGGGCAAGCAGGUCUCGGUGACCAACGACGGCACCUCGCUGGGGACCCUGGUGCCCGCCGAGUGCGCGGAGCUGGGGGAGCCGCCCGCCGCGCUGCCGCCCGCGUCCGCCCCAUCCGGCGACUUCGCGGACGCCAUCACGGAGCUGGAGGACGCCUUUUCCCGCCAGGUGAAGUCGCUGGCCGAGUCCAUCGACGACGCCCUCAAUUGUCGCAGCCUGCACGCCGAGGAGGCGCCCGUGGCCGAGGUGGCCCGCGCCCGCGACAGCGAGCCGCCCCCGGCCUUGCACGGCCUGGACCCCCAUAAACUGGACGAGAUGACAGCGUCCUACAGCGACGUCACGCUGUACAUCGACGAGGAGGAGCUGUCGCCACCGCUGCCGCUGUCGCAGGCCGGGGACCGACCGUCCAGCGCGGAGUCGGACUCGCGGCUCCGGGCGGGCGGCGCGGCCGCGGACUAUUGGGCGCUGGCGACGCCCGAGGAGCGCGCGGACGCGGAUGCGGGUGGCACGGCGUCCCUGGAGCGGCCCGAGCCGCGGCUGCGCGCAGGGCGCCUGCCCCUGCUGACCAUCGAGCCGCCCAGCGACAGCUCGGCCGACCUCAGCGACCGCUCGGAGCGAGGCUCCCUGCAGAGGUCCGGGGCCUACGAGCGCAGCCGGGUCGGGCCGCAGGGCAGCCCCAAGCGCAUGGCGCACGGCGUCAAGGGGACCCGGGAUGAGCCAGAGCCCCGCGCCCGGCCGCCGCGGCCCUUGGAGGGCCACCUGGCCAUCAACGGCUCGGCCAACCGGCAGAGCAAGUCGGAGUCGGACUACUCGGACGGCGACAACGACAGCAUCAACAGCACGUCCAACUCCAACGACACCAUCCACUGCAGCUCCGAGUCGUCGUCGCGCGACAGCCUGCGGGAGCAGGCGCUGAGCAAGCCCACCUACCACAAGGAGGCGCGCCACAGCUGGGACUCCCCCGCCUUCAGCCACGACGUGGUGCGCAAGAGGCACUACCGCAUCGGCCUCAACCUCUUCAACAAGAAGCCUGAGAAGGGUGUGCAGUACCUCAUCGAACGCGGCUUCGUCCCCGACACCCCCGUGGGCGUGGCCCACUUCCUGCUGCAGCGCAAGGGACUCAGCCGCCAGAUGAUUGGGGAGUUUCUGGGCAACCGGCAGAAGCAGUUCAACCGCGACGUGCUCGACUGCGUGGUGGACGAGAUGGACUUCGCUGCCAUGGAGCUGGACGAGGCCCUCAGGAAGUUCCAGGCCCACAUCCGGGUCCAGGGCGAGGCCCAGAAGGUGGAGCGGCUCAUUGAGGCCUUCAGCCAGCGGUACUGCAUCUGCAACCCCGGGGUGGUGCGCCAGUUCCGGAACCCGGACACCAUCUUCAUCCUGGCCUUCGCCAUCAUCCUGCUCAACACGGACAUGUACAGCCCCAACGUCAAGCCCGAGCGCAAGAUGAAGCUGGAGGACUUCGUCAAGAACCUGCGAGGGGUGGACGACGGCGAGGACAUCCCCCGGGAGAUGCUGAUCGGCAUCUACGAGCGCAUCCGGAAGCGGGAGCUCAAGACCAACGAGGACCACGUGUCCCAGGUGCAGAAGGUGGAGAAGCUCAUCGUGGGCAAGAAGCCGAUCGGAUCCCUGCACCACGGGCUGGGCUGUGUGCUGUCCCUGCCCCACCGGCGGCUGGUGUGCUACUGCAGGUUAUUCGAGGUCCCCGACCCCAGCAAGCCACAGAAGCUGGGCGUGCACCAGCGGGAGAUCUUCCUGUUCAACGACCUCCUGGUGGUCACCAAGAUCUUCCAGAAGAAGAAGAACUCGGUGACGUACAGCUUCCGACAGUCCUUCUCCCUGUGCGGCCUGCAGGUCCUGCUCUUCGAGAACCAGUACUACCCCAACGGCAUCCGGCUGACGUCGGCCGUCCCCGGGGCCGACAUCAAAGUGCUCAUCAACUUCAACGCGCCCAACCCCCAGGACCGCAAGAAGUUCACCGAUGACCUGCGGGAGUCGGUGGCCGAGGUGCAGGAGAUGGAGAAGCACCGCAUCGAAUCGGAGCUGGAGAAGCAGAAGGGUGUUGUGCGGCCCAGCAUGUCCCAGUGCUCCAGCCUCAAGAAGGAGCCGGGCAACGGGGCGCUGGGCAGGGCCUGCCUGGACGACAGCUACGCCGGCGGGGAGGGCCUCAAGCGAAGUGCCCUCAGCAGCUCCCUGCGCGACCUCUCAGAAGCGGAGGGGACUUGCCCCAACCCGACGGUGACCACCCCUAGCUGGACACCUCGUCCCUCACCCGGGCCAGCUGCAAGCCACACAGCACCUCUGCCGUGACCCGUGGCCACGCCGUGUCCUCCACACCAGAGCUUGCUCUCCGCGAUAACAGGGCUCCCAGGAGGUGGCUGUCCCCCGUCCCCUGGCUGUCCCCUCUUUCCCUGGGAAAGGGUGACAGAGCACUCCACCAUCAGGAGAGACGCACCCACCUGCCUUGAGCCCCCGAAGGAACUUCCUGGGGACCCGCUCUGCGCCUCCUGCUGGCCCCCAAGUCCCCAGGCCCGUCCCUGUCCUUGUCCCUGUCCCCGUCCUGUGGCCUCUCAGAAGAGCCUGGGAGCUCCUAUCCCACAAUGCUCAGGGCCGCCCUCUGCAUCCUGCAGACCUGCCCCUGGGCCUGGGGACACGGCCCGUCCACCGCUCUCACACGCACAGAAAAGUCCAGGACAAGAACAACGUGGUCAGGUGGCGCUCUCUGGCUGCAGGGGUAGGACUGUGAGCGACUCUGGUCAUCGUCCCUGCAACGUGACAAGGUCGCUUGCUUGCUUAUUUGGGGGCCCUCGUCCACUAGCCACAUCCCAGCCCUUUUUGUAUUUAGACAGAGGGUCUCACUGAGCUGCCGAGGCUGGCCUCCAACUCACGAUCCUCCUGCCUCAGCCUCCCCAGCUGCUGGGAGGACAGGCGUGGGCCACUGUUCCCGACUGAACGUGACCGUGAUGCUCUGCUGUGCCAACACUGGGGGACACACAGGGCUUCCAGUCCUCCUCGUCCUGUUCCUGUGGACAACAUGCUCCCUGCCUCUCACACAAGUCCCAGCCCUCGGUUCCCAGCAGCCCUCGGAGUCACUCGAACGGGCUGCUCCCACCCCCAGGAACCAGGUCCCCCGCCUGCUCCCCCAUCGGCCUCCGCACCCCGUGCCCAUUCCGCUCCCGGGUGUGGCCUCCCUGAAUGGCACAGAAUGUUCCCCCGCCAGGCCGUGUGGGGGACACGUAACUGCUGUCCCCGUCACCCCUGGUGCACCCUCCCCCAGGCGGCCCUCCCACCCUGCCCAGUGGGGUGGAAGGAGGUGACCAGAACAAUUGUCACCAUGAAAAGGUGACCCAACCGUGACCCAGAACACCCGUCAGCUUGGACUCAAUGCUCUUUGCUGACCAGCGGGUUCCUGGUGAAGCCAAGGUCCCCUGGCAGGCUGCGCUGUCCCCCUGACGCAGUUCUCCCUGCCCAAAGGACAACCUGCUGCUGUUGCUGUUGGCACCAGGGGCUGACCCCAGGGACGCUGACCCCUGAGCCACGUCCCAGCACUUUUUCUAUUUGAUUUAGAGACAGGCUCUCCCUGAGCUGCUUAGAGCCUCACUAAGUGGCCGAGGCUGGCCUCCAAAUUGCGAUCCUCCUGCCUCAGCCUCCGGAGCCACUGGGAUGAUGACUUACUAUUUUGUAGAUGUGCUGCGUGAGAGUGACGGGACUUACAGAGUUGUUAGUUCCUGUCUCUUAUUGGCGGGUCCCCAAGAGUCCCCGUUAAAGAACACCACCCACCCAAGGGGUGCACAAGGGACCAAACUCCAGGCGGCCAUCCCAGCGGAGCCACUGGCCAGUGGGCACUACUUUCUAAGCUCCCAGGCCAGGGCACAGUUGCCCGCCUCUUGCGCCUCACCAUCAGGCAACAGAAACCAAGGUCUCCACGGCCCCCCCACGGCCACCCAGCCUCGCCGGUCACUCCAGCCUCCAGAGCCCAGGCAGCACCGACUGAGCCAAGCCGCAACGUCCCACGGUGGCCCAGGAGGAGAGUGGCCCACAGAGCUGCAGGCCACCUACGCGUCUGCCUCCAUUAGGGGGUGCUCCGAGCCCCUACCUAGGCCACAGGGGACACGUGGACCUCCGGUUGUCACCAGCGCCACAGGCCAAUGACUGUGGGAGUCCUGGGCUCCGGGGAGACGCCUACUGCGCACUCAGGCUGGCAGGGACCCCUCAGGCUGGCUAUGGCCCUCUCCUCCCUGGCCAGGGCCUGCUUGGUGGGUUGGGGAAGCGUGUCCCCUGUCCCCUGUGAGUGUUGGUGUGAGGACGUCAGUGUCCACUGUGCAGAGGCCUGAGGUGGUCCUGUGCUGCCUGGAGAAAUGAGGGACAUGAACGGCUGGUCCCCUCCCAGCUCUGCUCCCGGGGAUAAGGUUCCUGGUCACGCCCCCCCUUAUCAGGGCCGGGCACUGGGCCUGCUGGGCCUGGGCGGCUAGCCAGUCACCACUCCUCCUGCUCCUGAUGCCACUUCCCUGGCUGCCCCAGAUCAGGGGUCUGGUACCAAGAAAUCGCUGCUACGAUGGUGCCAGGGAGGCACACCUGUCACCCCUCGGACUUGGGAGGCCGAGGCAGGAGGAUCACAAGUUGGAGGCCGGCCUCAGCAACUCAGUGAGGCCCCGUCUCCAAAAAAAAAAAAAAAAAAAA